AUGUUUACUUCCCGCUCCAUCAUUUUUGCACUGCUCAGCUCCCUCGCUGGUGUCAAUGCGUGUAUACAGUGCCCAGGCUCAUUGAAGGUCGACGGCAGUGUCUCACACCUGUCCAGUACCAACCCAUUCGACCAGUUCACAUUUUGCUUUUACACAAAUGCCAACUUGUCAGGUGGCGAUUCAUCAGUAGCCUGUGAGUAUGACAACGUGAUGGUAAGCGGUUACAAUAAUCCCGCAAAUCGGCCUAUCAACGUCAUGUCCACCGUCUCCGAAGAUAGGGCGCCGCUACAACGGGAGGGAGGGGCUAGUAAUGCGGGAGGCAGCGGUUUCGAGCCUGCGAAAGCUCUCGUCAGGGGGCUUGCCGCUGCCCCGACCGCUUGUACUUCUAGUUCUACGUAG